AUGGUCAUUGAACAUCUCCUAUGUCGAAAGUCACGUUUCUUGAAUUCUCAGACACACUAUCGUCCCCAGAAGCUAACGCCAUCUGACCGGAACCAUGGCUUCUACCACUUCCAGUACCUAGAAGGAGCAUCGACAGGAGCGGCGCCUAUGGACAGCAAGCUUCAACAGACAGCGAACAAACGCCUAGCUGAUGGUGAGAGCACGUUCAUUGGACAGACGUGGGGACUAUCUGAGACGACGGGAGCUGUGACUGCGCCACUGAAGGACUCUCCAGACAAUACAGGAUCAAUCGGAUACAUCCUGCCCAGUGUAGAGAUCCGGGUUGUGGAUGAUGACUAUCGUGAUGUCCAGGAAGGCCAAGAAGGAGAACUUAUCAUCCGAAGUGUCCUCGUAACGAAGGGCUACUACGACAACCCCGAAGCAACCAAAGCUAGCUUCCACGGAGAGUGGUUCUGCACUGGUGACAUUGGCGUCGUGAGGAAUGGCAAGUUCUACGUGGUUGACAGGAAGAAGGAACUCCUCAAAUACAAAGGCCUCCAAGUCGCACCCGCAGAACUCGAAAACAUCCUCUUCACGCACCCACAAAUCCGCGAAGCGGCUGUCGUGGGCGUCCCAGCUCCUGAAGAUCCCACUACAGAUCUGCCGAGGGCGUACGUGGUUGCUGUCGAUCGUGCCAAGGUCAGUGAGGAGGAGGUGAUGGAGUUUGUCAAGGCAAGAGUGGCGCCGUAUAAGCAAUUACGGGGAGGUGUGGUGUUUGUUGAUGAGAUUCCGAAGAAUGCUAUUGGGAAGUUCUUGAGGAGAGAACUGAGGGAUCGGGCGAAGCGGGAGGUGGGGAGAGCGAAGUUGUGA